AUGAGAUUAUUGAAGAUAUUUCUAAUUUUCAUUCAUCUAACACAAUCAUUUAUCUUAAAAAAGUUAAAAUGGGAAGAAAAAACUAAUAAAAAAAAAUUUCAGUUGUUUAAAACUAGAUAUUUCAGAAAGUGGAAAUCAAUACCAUAUAUAAGAGAUUCAGGAGAAAAUCAUUUGAAGGAAUUAACAAGAGAAAGAGUUAGAUUAAGUAAACAUACAGUAAAUCCAGUAACGUUAGGUGCAAACUUUUUAUUUAUAUGUAAUUUAGAUAAUAGAUUAUCAUCUAAAGAUGUAACUCACUUUUUUAAUUAUUUUAUUGGAAAUGAUAACUGUGUAGCUAGAAUUAAAAAAAAUAGAUUUACAG